AGCGUCUCUUCUUCUCAUAUUUCUGCGAGGGACAGCUGCUGCACUGGGCUCACACACACCUGCUCUCCAUCAGAGCGGUGUACAUCCCCGGAGUCCUUAACAGAGGAGCGGACAUUAUGUCAAGGGGGGUCCUCGUUAAGGCAACUGGAAUCUUCACUCCGAUCUGGUUUCACGGAUUUGGGGCAGAUUUGGCAAAGCGAGGGUGGACCUGUUCGCCACUUGCGAGAAUGCACAGUGCAACCUCUGGUAUUCAUUUGGGCCGCCUGGAUGCACCCUCUUUGGGGGUGGAUGCAUUGUCGCACUGUCCGUGGCCCCAGAAGCUGCUGUAUGCCUUCCCUCCUAUCCUGCUGAUCUCCCCUGUCAUCUUCUGAUGACUGAAAUGCUUCCUGAAGGGAGUGCGCAGACACAGACCUUUGACACGCACUUUAACACAUCAGUGUGUUACAGUGAGUUAAAUAGAGAUGGAUUUGGACCCCAAGGCGCAGACACAGACCAACCAGAAGGCAGAGAAUGGAUCAAACUGAAAAGGGAGUUUAAUGAAGGUUUGAGUUGAAUCUAGAAACAGUCUGUAAUCCAAGUUCAGGAACUGAUGACCGCUGUGGGUUUCAGCUGGCCAGACAGAGCAUGGCGUGGUGCCAGUAGGAGAGUGGCAUGGAGAGUGCAGCUGGAGAGGGGAGAACAGAUCCAACCCGGGGAAGACAAUCCAGUAGUUGGCGAGACAGACAGGGUUGGAAGGAGCCAUAGCACCAGGAGUCUAAGCAUAAAACAGAUCCUGUUAAUUACAAACAGAAUCUCAAUCAGAAGACUAGUGAGGCCAUGAUAUACCAGAUGGGUAACUGGACGAUCCGGCGAGGAUGCUAGAAUGAUCCGGUGUUGAAGUACUGCAGGGAAGUGAAGGUGGCUUGAUUGUUGGAUGAGAUCCUGGUGUGGUGAUCAGCCCAGGUGAGAUGAUUGGCGCCCUGGAAUAAUCUGGUAACCCUCCUGGCCAGGUACAGACAUGACACACAAAACAGACAGAGGGAGCCAAACGCACACACAGGGGAAACAGACAGGAACCCUAACACAGUGGGAUUCACCGCUGGUUUUACAUGCGCUUAUUAAAGCCCCGUUUGAGCCUUUAACCGAAGUUCCACUAAAGUUUCUGACUGAAGUUUCGGACAAAGCCUAUACUCAUAGAAGCUGGGGUUACAGUACGUAACCAACGUUCCUGGCCGAUGCAGGUCACGUGACACAGACCGAGGGCUGAAGCGGUGAAAACAUCUUCACCUCUCAUCCAGAUGGGGACUUUCAUUUAUUGCUGCCUAUCCAUUAUUUCUUUAUUACAGGAUAGGCAGUCUGAAGGUGCAGACACCUGCUCAUGUGUUGCAGAGGGUGAGGAGGAAGAAAUUCCAGCCUGACACAAAAUGCAUGUGUGGAGGAGCUGGAAAGUAGACUACAUUACCCAUAAGUCAGUGUGUUGGUUCGGACGCCCAGCCAAUGAGAGACGGAGAUGACACAGACGAAGAAGAGGAGAGAACAGUGGCGCGUCGGGAGAUAGAUGGCGAAAAAACGAGAGAAAAGAAAUUAAAAAAGCGAAAAGCGAUCUGCACAGCUCGGUCUGGAGAAAGGAGCUCGAGCUGUCGGUGCAAGAGCUACGGGAGCUACAAGGAGCAACUUCGUGCGACGCCGAGAGUACAUUGCAGCUAUGUGCGUACAGCACUAGUUAGCUAACCAGUGUAGCCGUAGCUGUUAGCUAAGCUGCCGCCUGCCUGAGUAGAGGGACGUCACCGUACACAGCGACCUGAGGAAGGACGCGCCGAGGGGAUCUAUUCAUCGAUGGAGCAGCUUCUCGUCUACCUUCUUACAAAGGCUUUGAGCAGGUGAUCACCCACGACUCCUGUUAAACAAUAAUGCAAUAAGGGCCCUAUUGCUAGCAAACUGAGCGUUGGAUUCCUGACUAUUCCUUCUGGAUUUCGUUGAAUGAGCGGUUAAGUUUCCUUGAGCCCUUCCAGCCUGUUGACAUCGCAUCUGGACAAUUGUUUAAACCUGCAUGUGUUUAUUGUCAGUUGCAAUAGGAAGGUUUUUGCUGCAUUCUGUCUGCUAGGACUGUGUUUGAGAGUGCAUGUUUGAGUUGAUUUAUAUCAGGUGCAGGUUUUCUAAAGGGUGGCUGUGAAACGCAUCUAGCCAGUUCAGUUAUCUAUUUCUUACACUUAAACAAGGGAAGAGUAAGUCCUCUCAGAAUAACGGCAGGUUAUAGAAGGGUAUCUCUUGUGGUAAUUAAGUGAUUUCCAUGCCUUUCUGAAGAAACCGUGCCAGUGUUCGAUGCAACUUUGUUCAGCCAGCGAAUAAAUAUACAGUGUAAGUUACAAUUAAUUUGUGUUUAUUGAGUAGAAAUAACUGCAAGGGACAGACACACAGGGAGCAAACACUUUAUUGCUGGGGUUAACCUAAUUUAAUCCUAACUAGACUGGGCGUGGGGAGCGUCAGACGGGAUGUUAGCGACCGUAGUGGGAAACUGAGGGAUCACGUUUCCAUCACCUCUAGAAUAUACCCUAGUCCUGCACCGUGACACUUAGUAGACCUAGGGCCCACUAUAGACACACUGACAUCAACACGCAUAAAGCUGGGGACGCAGAGACCAAGAUCCUUCGUGUUCCGGCUGCCCAGUGGCCUCCAGCCAAGACCCCACUACGUGAAGGUCAGACAUGUCUGCUGGCAGCAACCAGAGAUCUGAGGAUCAGUUUCUGUGCUCCAUCUGUCUGGAUGUGUUCACUGAACCAGUCUCCACACCAUGUGGAUACAACUACUGCAAGAACUGCAUCACCCGACACUGGGACGUUAACAACAGCUGCCAAUGUCCACUGUGUAAAAAGGAGUUUCACUUUAAACCUGAUCUAAAAAUUAACACCUUACUCAGAGAGAUGGUUGCUCAGUUCAGACGUGAAGCUCAGCAGGAAGCCAGCAGCAGCAGCUCAGAGCAACAAGCUGAGUUGAGGAAGACAGAGGCUGAAAUCCAGCUGAUGAUCCAGAAGAGACGACUGAAGAUUCAGGAGCUCAAAGAGUCUGUGAAGGUCAGUAAAGAUGCUGCAGACAGAGAGACAGUAGAAGGUGUUCAGGUCUUCAGUGCUCUGAUGGAGUCUGUUCAGAGAGGCCUGGACCAGCUCGUAGAGGAGAUCCAAGACAAACAGAAAACUACAGAGAAACAGGCUGAAGCCUUCAUCAAAGAUCUGGAACAGGAAAUCUCUGAGCUGAUGAAGAGGAGCUCUGAGGUGGAGCAGCUCUUACGCUCUGCAGACCACCUCCACCUCCUCCAUAGCUUCUCGUCCCUGAAAGCUGCUCCACCCACCAAGAACUGGACAGAGGUCAGAGUCCAUCCACCAUCAUAUGAGGGGACUGUGGUGAGAGCUGUGGCUCAGCUGGAGGAGACAAUCAGGAAAGAGAAGAAGAAGAUGAUUGAGGCUGAGCUGAAGAAGGUCCAGCAGUAUGCAGUGGAUGUUACUCUGGAUCCUGAUACAGCAAAUCCAGACCUCAUCCUGUCUGAUGAUGGAAAACAAGUUUAUGAUGGUGAUGUGAAGAAGGAACUUCCAGAUAAUCCAGAGAGAUUUUCUAAGUGUGUUAAUGUUUUAGGAAACCAGAGUUUCUCUUCAGGCAGAUUUUACUUUGAGGUUCAGGUUAAAGGAAAAACUGAAUGGGAUUUAGGAGUCGCCAGAGAGUCCAUCAACAGGAAGGGAGACAUCACAGUGAGACCUCAGGAUGGUUUCUGGACUGUGUGUUUGAGAAAUGGAAAUGAGUACAAAGCCAACGCUGGUCCUUCAGUCCGUCUCCAUCUUCAGUCUGGUCCUGAGAAGGUGGGGGUGUUUGUGGAUUAUGAGGAGGGUCUGGUCUCCUUUUAUGAUGUAGAUGCUGCAGCUCUGAUCUUCUCCUCUACUGGCUGCUGCUUCACUGAGAAACUCUACCCAUACUUCAGUCCCAGUAAUAAUGAUGGUGGUAAAAACUCAGCUCCUCUCAUCAUCUGUCCUGUCAAUCAAACUGUCUGAUGGUUUUUCUCCAUGACCAGUGAAUCUGUUUCUGAACCAGUUUCAGUCUGAGUUCUACUGGUGGAGAGAUGAGGUUGUAAAUGUCACCAGUUCAGUUCAUAUCUGGAUUAUUCUGCAGCUCAUUCCACUUCUGUCUGUCUCCACGUUUCUUCUUUCUCUUCUUCUUCUUGUGUUGUUCUUACUCUCAAAUGUAAGUCGCUUUGGAUAAAAGUGUCUGCUAAAUGACUGUAGAAUAGAAU